AAAAAGUAAGAACUUUUAACAAAAAUUGAAAGAAAAAAUUAUUUGACCAAAUAGAGAUUUUUUCCUCUUUGCUCACCAUAAAUAAAAAGUUAAAAAAAAAAGAAAAAAGAAAAAUACACUUAAAAUUAAAUAGUCAAAAAGUAGUUUUUUUUAACCAAACAGAGCCUUAGCGGAGUUCAACGACAACGAGCCAUUAUUCUGAACUCCAUGUAUGUAUGUACAUGUCUCUGUAUACAUACAUGUUUGUUUACAUAUAUACAUCAUCAUUGUAUAUGUAAAUGAGGUCGCUGAAAGAAGGGCUUAAAUUCCAUGGCCGCGCCAUGAAAGCAGGUUUUACACCGACAAUUUUCACUUCCAAUCAACUCAUUACUUUGUAUUCCAAACACGGUCUCAUCGAAGACGCCCAAAAACUGUUCGACGAAAUGCUUGAACGAAACGUGUUCUCUUGGAACGCAAUUAUUUGGGCUCACAUACAAACCCAAAACUUGUCACAUGCACAAUCACUCUUUGAGUCCACUCCAGAGAAAGAUUCAGUGACAUACAAUUCAAUGUUAUCUGGGUUUGUAAAAACAGAUGGGUAUGAAACUCAUGCACUCGAACUGUUUUUGAAAAUGCAAUCGACGCGUGAUUGGGUUAAAAUUGACGAUUUUACUCUCACGACAAUGCUUAAUCUGACUGCGAAGCUAUGUGUUCCGUUAUUAGGAAGGCAAUUGCAGUCAUUUAUGGUUAAAACUGGAAAUGAUUCAAACGGGUUUGCUAUGAGUGCUCUCAUUGACAUGUAUUCUAAAUGUGGGUGUUUUGAAGAAGUGUGCCGAGUGUUUGAUGGAGAUAGUGGUGUUGUUGUUGAUUUGGUUUCGAAGAAUGUGAUGGUUGCUGCGUGUUGUAGAGAAGGAGAGUUGGAAAUGGCUAGAAAUCUUUUUUGGACUCGACCGGAGUUAAAUGAUACGGUUUCUUGGAAUACAUUGAUUUCAGGGUAUGCACAGAAUGGUUACGAGGAGGAGGCAAUCAAGAUGUUUUAUUGUAUGUUGACGAAUGGAUUCCAAAGGAAUGAACACACUUUUGCUAGUGUUUUGAGUGCUUGUUCUAGUCUAAAACAUUUGAAGCUUUGCAAGGAAGUUCAUGCGUGGGUUUUGAAAGAUGGGAUGAGUUCUAAUCCAUUCAUAAGUAGUGGAAUUGUUGAUGUUUAUUGCAAAUGUGGUAAUAUGAAGUAUGCAGAGUCAGUUCAUGCAGCUAUUGGGAUGGAAAAUUCCUUUUCGAUCACUUCCUUGAUUGUGGGAUAUUCGUCCCAAGGUCACAUGGUAGAAGCCAGAAGGCUUUUUGAUUCAUUUUCCGAGAAGAAUUGUGUCGUGUGGACAGCUAUGUUUUCUGGGUAUGUGAAAUCUCAUCAAUGUGAGGCUGUCUUUGGUCUUUUAAGUGAGUUUAAAGCAAAGGAAUCGACUGUUCCUGAUGCUUUGAUCCUCAUUAGUGUGCUUGGUGCCUGUGCAAUGCAAGCGGCUGUGGAUCCUGGCAAGCAAAUUCAUGCUUACAUAUUGCGAACAGGAACUGAAAUGGACAAGAAAUUGGUUAGUGCAAUGGUUGAUAUGUACUCGAAAUGUGGGAAUAUAAAUUAUGCACAAAAAAUGUUUGAAAGGGCUAUUUUUAGAGAUACAAUCCUUUACAAUGUGAUGAUAGCUGGCUAUGCUCAUCACGGAUAUGAAAAUGAAGCUAUCCAGCUUUUUGAGGAAAUGUUGGAGAGAGGGUUCACGCCUGACGAAGUCACCUUUCUUGCACUUUUGUCAGCGUGCCGUCACUGUGGUUUAGUGGAAAUAGGUGAGAAAUAUUUCCAUUCCAUGACAGAAGAUUAUGCCAUAACACCCGAAAUUGAUCACUAUGCGUGUAUGAUUGAUUUGUAUGGGAGGGCCAAUCAAGUAGAGAAGGCAGUCGGAUUUAUGAGAAGAAUUCCUAUAGAACGCGAUGCUGUGCUUAUGGGGACGUUUUUGAAUGUGUGCAAGAUAAACAAGAAUGUAGAACUUGCUAGAGAAGCAGAGGAAGAGUUGCUGAGGAUUGGAGGAGACAGUGGGGCGCGAUAUGUGCAAUUGGCUAAUGUCUACGCUGCUGAGGGAAAUUGGGUUGAGAUGGGGAGGAUAAGGAAGAAGAUGAGAGGGAAGGAGGUGAAGAAGCCUACUGGUUGCAGUUGGGUAUAUAUUGAGAACAAAGUUCAUAUCUUCACCUCUGGUGAUCGAUGUCACUCACAAACAGAGGCUAUAUAUUCAAUCUUAGUCUGCUUGGCUUCAGAACUAAAUGACAUGGUCAAGUUGAAAUUAGAAAUAGGGCACUCGGUUAGUGGGGUCAUAAUCUGAUAUGACUGUCAAUAUGCUUGCGGAAAUGGU